AUGGCGCCGCCGCCGCCCGUGCUGCCCAUGCUGCUGCUCCUGGCCGCCGCCGCCGCCCUGCCGGCGCUGGGGCUGCGAGCGGCCGCCUGGGAGCCGCGCGUACCCGGCGGGGCCCGCGCCUUCGCCCUCGGGCCAGGCUGUACCUACGCGGUGGGAGCCGCGCGCACGUCCCGGGCGCCGCGGGAGCUGCUGGACGUGGGCCGCGAUGGGCGGCUGGCAGGACAGCGGCGCGUCUCGGGCGCCGGGCCCCGGGGCUGCGUGCGCCCGGCUGGGCGCCCGCUGCCGCUGCAAGUCCGCUUGGCGGCCCGCGGUGCCCCGACGGCGCUGAGCCGCCGCCUGCGGGCGCGCGCGCACCAUCCGGGCUGCGGAGCCCGUGCCCGGCUCUGCGGGGCGUUCUGCUUCCCGGUCCCCGGCGACGGCGCGGCCGCGCAGCAUUCGGCGCUCGCAGCCCCGACCACCUUACCCGCCUGCAGCUGCCCGCCGCGCCCCGGGCCCCGCUGUCCUGGCCGCCCCAUCUGCCUGCCGCCGGGCAGUUCGGUCCGCUUGCGUCUGCUGUGCGCCCUUUGGCGCGCGGCUGGCUCCGUACGGGUGGGACUGGCGCUGGAGGCAGCCACCGCGGGGACGCCCUCCGCGUCGCCAUCCCCAUCGCCGCCGCUGCCGCCGAACUUGCCCCAAGCUCGGGCGGGGCCGGCGCGACGGGCCCGGCGGGGCACGAGUGGCAGAGGGAGCCUGAAGUUCCCGAUGCCCAACUACCAGGUAGCGUUGUUUGAGAACGAGCCGGCGGGCACCCUCAUCCUCCAGCUGCACGCACACUACACCAUCGAGGGCGAGGAGGAGCGAGUGAGCUAUUACAUGGAGGGGCUGUUCGACGAGCGCUCCCGGGACUACUUCCGCAUCGACUCCGCCACGGGUGCCGUGAGCACGGACAGCGUGCUGGACCGCGAGACCAAGGAGACGCACGUCCUCAGGGUGAAGGCCGUCGACUACAGCACGCCGCCGCGCUCGGCCACCACCUACAUCACCGUCUUGGUCAAAGACACCAACGACCACAGCCCGGUCUUCGAGCAGUCGGAGUACCGCGAGCGCGUGCGGGAGAACCUGGAGGUGGGCUACGAGGUGCUGACCAUCCGCGCCAGCGACCGCGACUCGCCUGUCAACGCCAACUUGCGCUACCGCGUGCUGGGGGGCGCGUGGGACGUCUUCCAGCUCAACGAGAGCUCCGGCGUGGUGAGCACGAGGGCGGUGCUGGACCGGGAGGAGGCGGCCGACUACCAGCUGCUGGUGGAGGCCAACGACCAGGGGCGCAACCCGGGCCCGCUCAGCGCCACGGCCACCGUGUACAUCGAGGUGGAGGACGAGAACGACAACUACCCCCAGUUCAGUGAGCAGAACUACGUGGUCCAGGUGCCUGAGGACGUGGGGCUCAACACUGCUGUGCUGCGAGUGCAGGCCACGGACCGGGACCAGGGCCAGAACGCGGCCAUUCACUACAGCAUCCUCAGCGGGAACGUGGCCGGUCAGUUCUACCUGCACUCACUGAGCGGGAUCCUGGAUGUGAUCAACCCCCUGGAUUUCGAGGAUGUCCAAAAGUACUCGCUGAGCAUCAAGGCCCAGGAUGGGGGCCGGCCCCCGCUCAUCAAUUCUUCCGGGGUGGUGUCUGUGCAGGUGCUGGAUGUCAACGACAACGAGCCUAUCUUUGUGAGCAGCCCGUUCCAGGCCACGGUGCUGGAGAAUGUGCCCCUGGGCUACCCCGUGGUGCACAUUCAGGCGGUGGACGCGGACUCAGGGGAGAACGCACGGCUGCACUAUCGCCUGGUGGACACAGCCUCCGCCUUUCUGGGGGGUGGCAGCGCUGGGCCUAAGAACCCUGCCCCCACCCCUGACUUCCCCUUUCAGAUCCACAACAGCUCCGGUUGGAUCACAGUGUGUGCCGAGCUGGACCGCGAGGAGGUGGAGCACUAUAGCUUCGGGGUGGAGGCGGUGGACCACGGCUCGCCCCCCAUGAGCUCCUCCACCAGCGUGUCCAUCACGGUGCUGGAUGUGAACGACAACGACCCGGUGUUCACGCAGCCCACCUACGAGCUCCGUCUGAAUGAGGAUGCGGCUGUGGGGAGCAGCGUGCUGACCCUGCAGGCCCGCGACCGUGACGCUAACAGUGUGAUUACCUACCAGCUCACGGGGGGCAACACCCGGAACCGCUUUGCACUCAGCAGCCAGAGAGGGGGUGGCCUCAUCACCCUGGCACUACCUCUGGACUACAAGCAGGAGCAGCAGUACGUGCUGGCAGUGACGGCCUCCGACGGCACACGGUCACACACUGCACAUGUCCUAAUCAAUGUCACUGACGCCAACACCCACCGGCCCGUCUUUCAGAGCUCCCAUUACACAGUGAGUGUCAGUGAGGACAGGCCUGUGGGCACCUCCAUUGCUACCCUCAGUGCCAACGAUGAGGACACAGGAGAGAAUGCCCGCAUCACCUACGUGAUUCAGGACCCCGUGCCGCAGUUCCGCAUCGACCCCGACAGUGGCACCAUGUACACCAUGAUGGAGUUGGACUAUGAGAACCAGGUCGCCUACACACUGACCAUUAUGGCCCAGGACAACGGCAUCCCUCAGAAGUCAGACACCACCACCCUAGAGAUUCUCAUCCUCGAUGCCAAUGACAAUGCGCCCCAGUUCCUGUGGGAUUUCUACCAGGGUUCCAUCUUUGAGGAUGCUCCACCCUCAACCAGCAUCCUGCAGGUCUCUGCCACGGACCGGGACUCAGGUCCCAAUGGACGUCUGCUGUACACCUUCCAGGGUGGGGACGACGGUGAUGGGGACUUCUACAUUGAGCCCACGUCUGGUGUGAUCCGGACCCAGCGCCGGCUGGACCGGGAGAAUGUGGCCGUGUACAACCUUUGGGCUCUGGCUGUGGAUCGGGGCAGUCCCACUCCCCUUAGCGCCUCGGUGGAAAUCCAGGUGACCAUCUUGGACAUUAAUGACAAUGCCCCCAUGUUUGAGAAGGAUGAGCUGGAGCUGUUUGUUGAGGAGAACAACCCAGUGGGGUCGGUGGUGGCAAAGAUUCGUGCUAACGACCCCGAUGAAGGCCCCAAUGCCCAGAUCAUGUAUCAGAUCGUGGAAGGAGAUAUGCGGCAUUUCUUCCAGCUGGACCUGCUCAAUGGGGACCUGCGUGCCAUGGUGGAGCUGGACUUUGAGGUCCGGCGGGAGUAUGUGCUGGUGGUGCAGGCCACAUCGGCUCCGCUGGUGAGCCGAGCCACGGUCCACAUCCUUCUCGUGGACCAGAAUGACAACCCGCCUGUGCUGCCCGACUUCCAGAUCCUCUUCAACAACUACGUCACCAACAAGUCCAACAACUUCCCCACCGGGGUGAUCGGCCGCAUCCAGGCCCAUGACCCCGACGUGUCGGACAGCCUCAACUACACCUUCCUGCGGGGCAAUGAGCUGCGCCUGUUGCUGUUGGACCCCGCCACCGGUGAGCUGCAGCUCAGCCGCGACCUGGACAACAACCGGCCGCUGGAGGCGCUCAUGGAGGUGUCUGUGUUUGAUGGCAUCCACAGCGUCACGGCCUUCUGCACCCUGCGUGUCACCAUCAUCACGGACGACAUGCUGACCAACAGCAUCACUGUCCGCCUGGAGAACAUGUCCCAGGAGAAGUUCCUGUCCCCGCUGCUGGCCCUCUUCGUGGAGGGGGUGGCCGCGGUGCUGUCCACCACCAAGGACGACGUCUUCGUCUUCAACGUUCAGAACGACACGGACGUCAGCUCCAACAUCCUGAACGUGACCUUCUCGGCGCUGCUGCCUGGCGGCGUCCGCGGCCAGUUCUUCCCGUCGGAGGACCUGCAGGAGCAGAUCUACCUGAACCGGACACUGCUGACCACCAUCUCCACGCAGCGCGUGCUGCCCUUCGACGACAACAUCUGCCUGCGUGAGCCCUGCGAGAACUACAUGAAGUGCGUGUCCGUGCUGCGCUUCGACAGCUCGGCGCCCUUCCUCAGCUCCACCACCGUGCUCUUCCGGCCCAUCCACCCCGUCAACGGCCUGCGCUGCCGCUGCCCGCCCGGCUUCACCGGCGACUACUGCGAGACGGAGAUCGACCUCUGCUACUCCAACCCGUGUGGCGCCAACGGCCGCUGCCGCAGCCGCGAGGGCGGCUACACCUGCGAGUGCUUCCAGGACUUCACUGGAGAGCACUGUGAGGUGGAUGCCCGCUCAGGCCGCUGUGCCAACGGGGUGUGCAAGAACGGGGGCACCUGCGUGAACCUGCUCAUCGGCGGCUUCCACUGCGUGUGUCCUCCCGGCGAGUACGAGAGGCCCUACUGCGAGGUGACCACGAGGAGCUUCCCGCCCCGGUCCUUCGUCACCUUCCGGGGCCUGAGACAGCGCUUCCACUUCACCGUCUCCCUCACGUUUGCCACCCAAGAAAGGAAUGGCUUGCUGCUCUACAAUGGCCGCUUCAACGAGAAGCAUGACUUCAUCGCUCUGGAGAUCGUGGACGAGCAGGUGCAGCUCACCUUCUCUGCAGGUGAGACGACGACGACUGUGGCACCGAAAGUUCCCGGCGGUGUAAGUGAUGGGCGGUGGCAUUCUGUGCAGGUGCAGUACUACAACAAGCCCAACAUCGGCCACCUGGGCCUACCCCACGGGCCAUCCGGGGAGAAGAUGGCCGUGGUGACGGUGGAUGAUUGUGACACAACCAUGGCUGUGCGCUUUGGAAAGGACAUCGGGAACUACAGCUGCGCUGCCCAGGGCACUCAGACCGGCUCCAAGAAGUCCCUGGAUCUGACCGGUCCUCUGCUCCUGGGUGGCGUCCCCAACCUGCCAGAAGACUUCCCAGUGCACAACCGGCAGUUUGUGGGCUGCAUGCGGAACCUGUCAGUCGACGGCAAAAAUGUGGACAUGGCUGGAUUCAUCGCCAACAAUGGCACCAGGGAAGGCUGCGCCGCUCGGAGGAACUUCUGCGACGGGAGGCGCUGUCAGAACGGAGGCACCUGUGUCAACAGGUGGAACAUGUAUCUGUGUGAGUGUCCGCUCCGAUUUGGCGGGAAGAACUGCGAGCAAGCCAUGCCCCACCCCCAGCUCUUCAACGGUGAGAGUGUCGUGUCCUGGAGCGACCUGAACGUCGUCAUCUCCGUGCCCUGGUACCUGGGGCUCAUGUUCCGGACGCGGAAGGGGGACGGCGUUCUGAUGGAGGCCACCAGCGGCGGGCCCACCAGCUUUCGCCUCCAGAUCCUGAACAACUACCUCCAGUUUGAGGUGUCCCAUGGCCCCUCCGAUGUGGAGUCCGUGAUGCUGUCCGGGUUGCGGGUGACCGAUGGGGAGUGGCACCACCUGCUCAUCGAGCUGAAAAAUGUUAAGGAGGACAGUGAGAUGAAGCACCUGGUCACCAUGACUUUGGAUUAUGGGAUGGACCAGAACAGGGCAGAUAUCGGGGGCAUGCUUCCCGGGCUGACAGUCAGGAGCGUGGUGGUCGGGGGCGCCUCUGAAGACAAGGUCUCUGUGCGCCGUGGAUUCCGAGGCUGCAUGCAGGGAAUGAGGAUGGGGGGAACGCCCACCAACGUCGCCACUUUGAACAUGAACAAUGCGCUCAAGGUCAGGGUGAAGGACGGCUGUGAUGUGGAGGACCCCUGUACCUCCAGCCCCUGUCCCCCCCACAGCCGCUGCCAUGACGCCUGGGAGGACUACAGCUGCAUCUGUGACAAAGGGUACCUUGGAAUAAACUGUGUGGACGCCUGUCACCUGAACCCCUGUGAGAACAUGGGGGCCUGCGUACGCUCCCCCGGCUCCCCGCAGGGCUACGUGUGCGAGUGCGGGCCCAGCCACUACGGGCCGUACUGCGAGAACAAACUCGACCUUCCGUGCCCCAGAGGCUGGUGGGGGAACCCUGUCUGUGGACCCUGCCACUGUGCUGUCAGCAAAGGCUUUGAUCCUGAUUGUAAUAAGACCAACGGCCGGUGCCAAUGCAAGGAGAAUUACUAUAAGCCCCCAGCCCAGGAUACCUGUCUGCCCUGCGACUGCUUCCCCCAUGGCUCCCACAGCCGCACUUGCGACAUGGCCACCGGGCAGUGUGCCUGCAAGCCCGGCGUCAUCGGCCGCCAGUGCAACCGCUGUGACAACCCGUUUGCCGAGGUCACCACAUUCGGCUGUGAAGUGAUCUACAACGGCUGUCCCAAAGCGUUUGAGGCCGGCAUCUGGUGGCCACAGACCAAGUUCGGGCAGCCGGCUGCGGUGCCGUGCCCCAAGGGAUCCGUUGGAAAUGCGGUCCGACACUGCAGCGGGGAGAAGGGCUGGCUGCCCCCAGAGCUCUUUAACUGCACUACCAUCUCCUUCGUGGACCUCAGGGCCAUGAAUGAGAAGCUGAGUCGCAACGAGACGCAGGUGGAUGGUGCCGGGGCCCUGCGGCUGGUGAGGGCGCUGCGCAAUGCUACACAGCACACGGGCACGCUCUUUGGCAAUGACGUGCGCACGGCCUACCAGCUGCUGGGCCGCGUCCUUCAGCACGAGAGCUGGCAGCAGGGCUUCGACCUGGCAGCCACACAGGAUGCCGACUUCCACGAGGACGUCAUCCGCUCGGGCAGUGCCCUCCUGGCCCCGGCCACCAGGGCGGCAUGGGAGCAGAUCCAGCGGAGUGAGGGGGGCACGGCACAGCUGCUCCAGCACCUCGAGGGCUACUUCAGCAACGUGGCACACAACGUGCGACGGACCUACCUGCGGCCCUUCGUCAUCGUCACCGCCAACAUGAUUCUGGCUGUCGACAUCUUUGACAAGUUCAACUUUACGGGAGCCAGGGUCCCGCAGUUCGACGCCAUCCACAAAGAGUUCCCCAGGGAGCUGGAGUCCUCCGUCUCCUUCCCAGCCGACUUCUUCAAACCACCUGAAGAAAAAGAAGGCCCCCUGGUGAGGCCGGCCGGCCGGAGGACCAGCCCGCAGACCCCGCACCCGGAGCCUGGCACCGAGAGGGAGGCCCCGAUGAGCAGGCGGAGGCGCCACCCUGAUGAUGCUGGCCAGUUCGCCGUUGCUCUGGUCAUCAUCUACCGCACCCUGGGGCAGCUCCUGCCCGAGCGCUAUGACCCCGACCGUCGCAGCCUCCGGCUGCCUCACCGGCCCGUCAUUAACACCCCGAUGGUGAGUGCGCUGGUGUACAGCGAGGGGGCUCCGCUCCCGAGACCCCUGGAGAAGCCCGUCCUGGUGGAGUUCGCCCUGCUGGAGGUGGAGGAGCGAACCAAGCCGGUCUGCGUGUUCUGGAACCACUCCCUGGUCGUCGGUGGGACGGGAGGGUGGUCUGCCCGGGGCUGCGAGCUCCUGUCCAGGAACCGGACACACGUCGCCUGCCAGUGUAGCCACACAGCCAGCUUUGCGGUGCUCAUGGACAUCUCCAGGCGUGAGAACGGGGAGGUCCUGCCCCUGAAGAUCGUCACCUAUGCCGCCGUGUCCUUGUCACUAGCGGCCCUGCUGGUGGCCUUCGUCCUCCUGAGCCUGGUCCGCACACUGCACUCCAACCUGCACAGCAUUCACAAGCACCUCGCCGCAGCGCUGUUCCUCUCUCAGCUGGUGUUCGUGAUUGGGAUCAACCAGACGGAAAACCCGUUCCUGUGCACGGUGGUCGCCAUCCUCCUCCACUACAUCUACAUGAGCACCUUUGCCUGGACCCUCGUGGAGAGCCUGCAUGUCUACCGCAUGCUGACUGAGGCACGCAACAUCGACACGGGGCCCAUGCGGUUCUACUACGUCGUGGGCUGGGGCAUCCCGGCCAUUGUCACAGGUGUGUCACAGGAGCUAGUGCAGCCACGGGCAUGGCUCAGCUCCCUGCUGAGGACCGCUUUCCUCCUGCUGCUGCUCAUCAGUGCCACCUGGCUGCUGGGGCUGCUGGCUGUGAACCGCGACGCACUGAGCUUCCACUAUCUCUUCGCCAUCUUCAGUGGCUUACAGGGCCCCUUCGUCCUCCUCUUCCACUGCGUGCUUAACCGGGAGGUCCGGAAGCACCUGAAGGGUGUGCUCGGCGGGAGGAAGCUACACCUGGAGGACUCCAGCACCACCAGGGCCACCCUGCUGACGCGCUCCCUCAACUGCAACACCACCUUUGGCGAUGGGCCCGACAUGCUGCGCGUGGACCUGGGCGAGUCCACCGCCUCAUUGGACAGCACCGUCAGGGAUGAAGGGGUCCGGAAGCUCAGCGUGUCCUCUGGGCUGGUGCGGGGCAGCCACGGAGAGCCAGACGUAUCCUUCGUGCCCAGGAGCUCCAAGGAACCCCCCGGCCAUGAUUCCGACUCAGAUAGCGAGCUGUCCCUGGAUGAGCAGAGCAGCUCUUACGCCUCCUCACAUUCGUCAGACAGUGAGGACGACGGGGUGGGGCCUGAGGAAAAAUGGGACCCGGCCAGGGGCGCCAUCCAUAGCACCCCCAAAGGGGAUGCCGUGGCCAACCACGUUCCGGCCGCCUGGCCUGACCAGAGCCUGGCUGAGAGUGACAGUGAGGACCCAGGAGGCCAGCCCCGCCUGAAGGUGGAGACCAAGGUCAGCGUGGAGCUGCACCGUGAGGAGCAGGGCAGUCACCGCGGAGAGAAUCCCCCGGACCGGGAGAGCGGGGGCGCGGCCAGGCCUGCUGGCUGCCAGCCCCCAGAGCAGAGGAAAGGCAUCUUGAAAAAUAAAGUCACCUACCCGCCGCCGCUGACGCUGACAGAGCAGACGCUGAAGGGCCGGCUCCGGGAGCAGCUGGCUGACUGUGAGCAGAGCCCCACAUCCUCGCGCACGUCCUCCCUGGGCUCUGGCGGCCCUGACUGCGCCAUCACCGUCAAGAACCCCGGGAGGGAGCCGGGGCGUGAGCACCUCAACGGGGUGGCCAUGAACGUGCGCACUGGGAGCGUCCAGGCCGACGGCUCAGACUCCGAAGGCAGUAAUGAAACUUCAGUUUGAACCAUCAGGAAACCGUGAGGCAAGCCCGUCACCCCCACACAGGCUGCGGCAUCACCGAGCCCUCAGACCUUGGAGCCCGAGGGGCCACUGCCCUUGGAGUGGAGUGGGCCCGGAGUGUGGCGGUCCCCACGGUGGCAGCCCCCCGACUGGUCAUCCAGACACAAAGGUCUUGGCUCUCCCAGGAGCUCAGGGCCUGUCAGACCUGGUGACAAGUGCCAAAGGCCAGCACACUUGAGGGAGGCGCAGACCACUGGGCCAGCACUGCUGGGUCCUGAGCCGGAUCUGAGAGGGGACCCCAGACAGGGCCCAGAGGCUGCCCAGAGUUAGUUCAGGGACGCCAGGCACAGACCAAAGACUGUGGUCCAGCCCCGCCCAGGUGGGCAUCUCAUGGCAGUGCAGACCCGUGGCUGGAAGCCCAGCAGCCCUUUGCAAAGGCACGCCUUGUCUUAAAAUCUUCAGUAUGUGGGAAAGCUGUAGAUACUUUUAUAUGUUUGUAUUGGACUCUGAGGAGGUGAAACCUGUAUAUAUUUUGCAUUCGUGCUGACUUUGUUAUCCCAGGAGCUCCAUGCAGUGAUCCCUUGCUGUCUUCCGUGUAAAGAAGAUUGCACAGUUUGUACUUGAAUCUGGCAUGUGUUGACGAAACUGGUACCCCAGCAGAUCAAAGGUGGAAAAUGACGUCGUCAGCAGUGGGGCUGAAACCAAGCAGUUAGAAGCCCUAUAGCUGCCUUUGGCCAGGAAGCAAGAAUGGCAUGGGCCCUCC